UCAUUUCGAUGGGGAAGAUUAUUUUUCCAAUGAUGGCUCUUCUGGUUCUUGCUUUGGUGCCAGAAGCUCAAUCAUGGAGCAAAGAAGGCCACAUGUUAACCUGCAAAAUAGCUCAGGAACUGUUGGAAGAAGAUGCAGCUGAAGCAGUUAAGAACCUGCUGCCUCGUUACGUUGAAGGUGAUUUAUCAAAGCUGUGCACUUGGCCGGACCAGAUUCGUCUCUGGUAUAAAUAUAGGUGGAGCAGUCCCCUUCAUUUCAUCGACACACCUGAUGGAGACUGCAGCUUCAAUUAUGCAAGGGAUUGUCAUGAUCAGCAUGGCAAUGAAGACAUGUGCGUUGCUGGUGCUGUUCGUAAUUUCACAGAACAGUUGAUGCAUUACAGGGAAGGGUCCUCUGAUCGCAGAUAUAACUUGACCGAGUCUCUGUUAUUCCUUUCUCACUUCAUGGGUGAUAUCCAUCAGCCAAUGCAUUGCGGGUGGACCAGCGACGCCGGAGGCAACACGAUUAACCUGCGAUGGUUUAGACGCAAGUCCAACUUACAUCAUGUCUGGGAUAGAGAUAUAAUUCUGCAAGCAAUGUCAAAGUACUAUGAGAAGGAUUUGGAUGUCUUCCUCAAAGAUCUUCAGAAAAACUUAACCACUGGAAUGUGGUCAAAUGAAAUUCCCUCAUGGGUGGAUUGUGAAGAUCUCUCUUCUUGCACUGAUGAAUAUGCUGCAGAGAGCAUAGGCUUAGCCUGCGAUUGGGGUUAUAAAAAUGUAACUAAUGGAGAGACUCUUGCAGAUGAAUAUUUCGAUUCACGACUGCCUGUCGUGAUGAAGCGAAUCGCGCAAGGAGGGGUUCGGCUUGCUAUGAUUUUGAAUCGGGUGUUUGGAGGAGAAGAAGAAGAAGAAAUUCCAUGGCCAACAUAAUUAGGCCUUAAUUACAUGUUAAUCAUGCCGAAAUUCUCUUUUGUAUGUAUUUUUUAACAUGUGUAUAUUU